CUCGUACGUUGUGCGUGGGGCUUAGGUAGAGGAGUCUUCUGGCCGACGGGACAUCGAAACGAUGAGCGUCGAAGCUGCGUGAUAAGCUAUGACAGAAAAAGAGGCAAAUGUAGAUGAGGAGAUCUGCGUCAAGAAUACAAUGAAGAGACGCCGAAUAAAGUGCAGUAAAUAUGUACCAAUAUGUAAAUGGCUGCCCAAGUACAACCAGUACCAAGCAGUCGGGGACUUCAUCGCUGGUAUUACCCUUGGACUAACUAUGAUACCUCAAAGUAUCGCUUAUGCAGCUCUUGCUGGUCUAUCUGCUCAGUAUGGAUUAUACUCAUCGUUUCUUGGCGGGUUCUUGUAUGCAAUUUUUGGUUCGGUCAAGGAGAUUUCAAUCGGCGCAACUUCUCUCAUGGCUCUUCUUACAAUCGAAUAUACUAAGGGCAUGAAUAUUGACUUCGUCAUUCUUCUUACAUUCCUUUCCGGUUGUAUUGAGUUGAUAAUGGGAAUGUUGGAUUUAGGUUUUCUUGUGGACUUUAUAUCGCUACCGGUCACUUCAGGAUUCACAUCAGCGACGUCCGUCAUAAUAGUGGUCUCGCAGUUGAAAGGUCUGUUCGGAUUAAAAUUCGAGUCAGAAACUUUGAUCGACUCGCUGAUAAAGAUCUGGGAAAAUUACAAAGAUAUCAAGCUUGGUGACACUCUAUUAGGAAUCUCAAGUAUCGUCAUCCUACUGUCCCUCAGAGCUUUGAAGGACGUUAAGCUAUCUCAGGAUAAUCGCUAUACUACGAUAAUGACAAAGGCACUUUGGUUUAUUUCCGUCGGACGAAACGCACUGGUCGUCUUAACUUGUUCUGUCGUUAGCUUCUAUAUGCACCGAGCUGACUUCAAACCGUUCAAGCUCUCAGGUCAGGUGAAAUCUGGACUUCCGAGUUUCAAUAUCCCAAGGUUCAGUACCGUAGCUAAAAAUCAAACCUAUGGCUUCCUCGACAUGUGCUCCUACUUAGGUUCUGGUAUAAUCGUUGUGCCUCUCGUAUCGGUCCUCGCUAAUGUUGCCAUUGCAAAAGUGUUUGCAAGCGGCGCAGCUGUCAACGCCUCCCAAGAGAUGCGCACCCUAGGCUUGUGCAACUUGGUGGGUAGCUGCGCGAGUUCCAUGCCCACUUGUGGAGCCUUCACGCGUAGUGCUGUCAGCCACGCUAGUGGUAUUCAAACUCCGUUUGCUGGCAUUUAUUCAGGUUUGAUGACAAUAUUCGCAUUGAGCUUUCUGACACCGUACUUCUACUACAUUCCAAAAGCAGUUUUAUCAGCCGUACUUAUCAGUGCUGUAGGUUUCCUCAUCGAUUGGAAAAUUGUUUACAACCUAUGGCGCGGCAGCAAAAAGGAUGCGGUAGCAACGAUUGGAACGUUUACUGUUUGCGUGCUGUUCAAUGUGGAAACAGGUCUGCUUCUCGGCAUCAUCUUCAACAUCAUCUAUCUGCUGUAUCUGUCAGCUCGACCAGCAAUCAAAGUCACCGAGUGCAUGACCAAUUUGGAGCAUAAAUAUUUGCUGAUCCAACCAGAUGUAGGUCUUUUCUUCCCGGCAGUCGACUUCUUGGUCAACAAAAUUUCCGAAGUCGCGGACGAGCGAGCCGAUGAUGGCAAAGUUCCUCUGGUACUUGAUUGUCAGCGAUUCCGUGGUAUUGAUUACACAGCCGUCAAGGGGCUGGAAAAAUUGGCGAAGGACUUUCGGGAUAAAGAACAAAAGUUAUGGUUUUUGAAUCUUAAUGACAAGGUUGCGAAAUCAAUCAAAAAGUUAGGAGACUUAAAUAACUUGAAGAUACUUAAAAAUGAAGCCGAUAUCGUAGCGGUACUCUGUGGAUUAGAGAUGGACGAUGAUGUUCAAGUUCAAUACAUAAACGAAUACAAUGGAAAAAAUAUUUCUAUGAGUAAUAUGAUAGCCUCGACAUCCCUAGAGGCGGAAUCUCUCAUUGUCAAAGAAAACAAGGUCGAUUCCGAGGCGAAGAUCCACGUUAACUAGAUAAGUUAAGUUAUUGCACGAUCAGUAAUGAAUCAAUUUAGAUUAAAAUAUAAACUGAUUGAAUGUUUUUAUUAAAAUUUUUAUACUUUACAAAUAAAUUCUGAUAUUCUUUAAAAAAGUCAGGGCUUUAUUAUUCUACAAGUUUAUAUAUCAUUACAUGAUUACUUCGAAUUUUCACUUCGAAGAAAUACUGCCUCGUUUGUUUUUAAUAUUAUUGAAGAUUUUAUUAAAAUAUUGUUGAUAUAUUACAGUGUAGAAGAUUUGAUGUCUGCCUUGCAGAAGUAGUUGUGCAAAUAUUGGAUGGCUGUGACUUUUUAACCUAUACUUCAAAAAUAUGUGAAAAAAUCUUUGAGAAUCAGUUCGAACAAGUACAUUUAAUAUCAGAUUACAAAAUAGACAUACCAGGAAAUUAUCCUAGGUAUACCUCAUCGAUUUUCUUCAUUCAAUAAAAUUUAAUAAUUAAGUUUUAUAUAAAAUUUUUUGAUAUUUUACAUUGAGCUGUGAUAUACCUCACAUGCAUCAUAUCAUGUAAUCAUAACAACGUUUAAUGACAACUACUUUAAUGACUUAUGAAAAUAAUAA